GUUCUCUUAUCCUGUGAAACCAUCUUCAUAAAUUCAUAUAUCAUAUCAGCCAUGUCUUCGCUCCUUCUCUUCCUCAUCGUCUUCCUGCAACUCGGAUCUUCAAUCGGUUGACUCGUCAUCCGAUCCGUGUUCACAGAUUCGCCUUCAUCUCUCUUCCCGGUAAAUCGGUUGAACCAUGGAGCCCAUGGACAUCGUUGGCAAAUCAAAGGAAGAUGCUUCGCUUCCUAAAGCAACCAUGACAAAAAUUAUUAAAGAGAUGUUACCCCCAGAUGUUCGUGUUGCAAGAGAUGCUCAAGAUCUAUUGAUUGAGUGUUGUGUAGAGUUUAUAAACCUUGUCUCGUCAGAGUCCAAUGAAGUCUGUAACAGAGAGGACAAACGGACGAUUGCACCUGAGCAUGUAUUGAAGGCUCUAGAGGUUCUUGGAUUUGGUGAGUACAUUGAAGAAGUUUAUGCAGCGUAUGAACAGCACAAGAAUGAGACCAUGCACGACACUCUAAAAAGUGGUAAAUGGAGCAAUGGAGCUGAGAUGACCGAGGAAGAAGCAUUAGCAGAGCAACAAAGGAUGUUUGCAGAGGCACGUGCGAGGAUGAACGGCGGGGCCAUUUCUUCCAAGCAGCCAGAUGCUGACCAAAGUUUAGAUAGCUAACGUUAGGACCUUUACUAUAUACUGAAGCAUAGGAAAUCACCUCUGACUCCUGUCUGUGCUUCUAAUGAGCUCGAUUGUGUACAAAAUCCAUUCACUGGAUCGCUGGCCUAUGUGGAUGUGCUCUCAAUUUGUAUUUUAGCAAUGAAUCCUUAUAUGUAAGUCAAUGUAAUUAGUGAGAGUUCAUGAAAACCCUCCUUUGCUUAGAAUUACUUGUAAUUAGUUCAUUUACAUUCUGUAUCUUCUACAUAGUAUCAGCUCCUAGCUUGAUUCUGACUGUAGCGACUAUAUUAGAUUGUAACAAGUUAUGAAAUAUUUAGAAACAACGGUGUUCUGUU